UCUAUCUCACCCAGCAAAACUAUCUUAACUAAACCCUAAAAUGGGAACUUCAUUUCCAAACUCCAAAACCAUCUACGUCUUUUCUCUACUAGUGUUGUUCCUAGCUUCAUUUUCUUCCCCUUCUGAAGCCUUUGCAAACGAAACCCUAACCCAAUGCCUCAUAAACCAUUCCCAACCUUCGCACCCAAUAAUCUCAGCCAUAAACACACCCGCCGAAUCUUCGUUCUCAACCGUUCUUCAAUCUUACAUACGAAACUUGCGCUUCAACACCUCCGAGACGCCGAAACCCACUCUCAUCCUCACGGCACUCCAUGAGUCUCAUGUGCAAGCCGCCAUCAUUUGCGCCCAAAAGCUCUCAGUCCAGAUGAACAUCCGAAGCGGAGGCCACGACUACGAGGGCAUAUCCUAUGUCUCCAUCUUCUCGCCAUUUUUCAUCCUUGACAUGCUUAAUUUCCGCUCGGUUGACAUUGACAUCGAGGCCGAGACGGCAUGGGUCCAGGCAGGGGCCACCCUCGGCGAGGUCUACUAUGGAAUAGCCGCGAAGAGCAAGGUCCAUGGCUUUUCCGCUAGCGUUUGCCCCACGGUGAGCGUCGGUGGCCACUUUAGUGGCGGCGGCUACGGCAACAUGAUGAGGAAGUACGGGCUCUCCGUCGACAACAUCGUCGACGCGCACAUAAUCAACGUCAGUGGGGAAAUACUGGAUAGGGAAUCCAUGGGAGAAGACCUCUUUUGGGCCAUAAGAGGCGGAGGCGGAGCGAGCUUUGCCGUCAUCCUCGCUUACAAGAUCAACCUUGUCCGAGUCCCUGAGACGGUGACUGUCUUCAAUGUCAGUAAGACGCGGGAGCAAAACGCGACUGAGAUCGUGUACAAGUGGGAAGAAGUGGCACACAAGCUGCAUGAGGAUCUCUUCAUAAGGCUGACUAUGGUCGUGACCAACGGAACACUAACAGCCUGGUUUCGCGCGCUUUUCCUUGGAGACGCUCAAAGGCUUCUUUCCUUGAUGAGCGAUAGUUUUCCCGAGCUAGGCUUGCGGAGCUCAGAAUGCAUCGAAAUGAGUUGGGUCGAGUCCACGCUUUAUUGGUACGACUUCCCGAUCGAGACUAAAGUCGAUGCUUUGCUAUCGCGCACGCCGCAUGUCUUGACACAUUUGAAGAGAAAGUCCGACUACGUGAAGCAAAUCAUACCGAAGGACGGAUUGGAGCUCAUUUGGAAGAGGAUGAUCAAGCUCGACAAGCCGAGGUUGACCUUCAACCCUUAUGGAGGCAAGAUGGGCGAGAUUCCCGCGAACAGCACCCCAUUUCCGCAUAGGGCCGGGAACCUAUGGAAGGUACAAUAUGCGACAGAUUGGAACGUGUCCGGGGAGGAAGCGGCACGACACUACAUUAAGCUGACGAGGAAGCUCUAUCGUUACAUGACGCCCUUUGUGUCGAAGAACCCGAGAGAUGCGUUCUUCAAUUAUAGGGACCUUGAUUUGGGAAUUAACCACAAUGGAGAUGAGAGCUACGAGGAAGGGAAAGUGUAUGGGGUCAAGUACUUCAAGGACAAUUUCGACAGGUUGGUGGAGAUAAAGACCAAAGUCGAUCCUGCUAAUUUCUUCAGAAAUGAACAGAGCGUUCCAAUUCUUCCCCCGUAAAAAGAAAGUAAGCGCCCGACAGAUAAUUGCAUUUCUGCUGGUCCUUCACAAUAGACUCUUCCUUAGCUCUGAGGACUUUAAGUUUGUAUGUUUUUUUUUUUUUGGUCAGAAAGUUUGUAUGUUGAAUAAAGCAUAAUGUGUGAACCAGAAUAAAGAGAGUG